AUGUGCACCAAUUCCAAAGACGUAAAGAAGUUGUCAGAAUACACAGCCGAGCAGAUAGGGGCUUUCAUAGAUUUGCAUAGACUAAGAAUAACUUUCGCUCCUAAUCCUAAAGUAUUCUCUUCGCUGGUUUGCCCGCGCAUAGUAGAGGAAAUCUCAUUGGCAGACGCCAAGUUGCUGGGCCAUCAUUUGUCGAUUGUCGAUUCCCUCUCCAUUCCCAUUUGUGAGUUGUGCCUGGAGGGGAAUCAUCAGUUCUGUAGCUGA